UGCAGCGGAUGAAGUUUUGAUUCGAAAGAUCACAACGACUUUCUGCUGUGCGUGGUCAAUGUUGUCGCAAUUUAAUACAAUUCGACACGUAUUAUCACUGCAUAAGAAACAGAUUUAUAUAAUAAAAAAGUAUUUAAAUCUACAUAAAGAUGAAACCCGCUCGUUCAAAAACGCCAGCACGUAAACCAGUUAAUCGACCAAAGGGAUCUAAUAUGUUGUCAAAGGAUCCUGUUCAUGUUUAUUGUCGUUUACGGCCAAUGCAAUCUUCAGCAGAUGUAUCAUGCAUGAAACCGACAUCCAGCAUGACAGUAGUCAUAACACCACCAGAAUCAGCAACCAAUUUCAGGACUAUAAGCAAGGAGAUACAAACAACAUUCAGUCAUAUAUUCACAUCCGAUGUAACACAAAAGGAAAUAUUCAAAACAGUUGCUCUUCCUCUUGUUGAGAACCUCAUUCAGGGAAGGAAUGGUCUUCUAUUCACAUAUGGUGUAACUGGGAGUGGAAAGACAUAUACAAUGACUGGAGAACCACAGGAUGGUGGAAUCAUGCCUCGAUGUUUGGAUGUUAUCUUCAAUACUAUUGCAAAUUAUCAGACAAAAAAAUUUGUUUUUAAGCCAGACAAAUUGAAUGGUUUUGAUGUGCAAAGUGAAGCUGAUGCUAUGCUAGAGAGGCAGCAGGAGCUUCAUACAGGUUUAACACAAAGAGGUGGCAAAUCUGUAAAAUACCGUAAGGUGGACAGUGAUGGAGAUAGCAAUCCAAUGGUAACUCAUGAACGUAAUGAAUCACAAGUUGUGAUGAUUGAUCCAGAUAAUGCAUACUCUGUGUUUGUUACAUAUGUUGAGAUUUACAAUAAUAAUGUAUACGAUCUGUUAGAUGAAGAUGAUAUUAGAUCAAAAGCACUACAAAGCAAAAUAGUUAGAGAAGAUGGCAAUAAAAAUAUGUAUGUACACGCAGUCACAGAAAUUGAAGUAAAGAGUGCAGAAGAUGCUUUUGAAAUAUUUCAACGUGGACAACGAAAAAGACGAGUCGCACACACAGCAUUGAAUGCAGAAUCGAGUAGAUCACAUAGUGUUUUUACUAUUCGACUUGUACAGGCGCCCUUAGAUUACGAAGGCGAGCAUGUGGUGCAAGAUAAGCGAGUGGUGUGCAUAAGUCAAUUAUCUUUGGUUGAUUUAGCUGGUAGUGAGAGAACGAAUCGCACUAAAAAUACCGGCCAACGUUUGCGUGAAGCAGGCAAUAUCAAUAAUUCUCUGAUGACUCUCCGUUCGUGCCUGGAAAUUCUGCGGGAAAAUCAGACCCAAGGUACAAAUAAGAUGGUGCCUUAUCGGGAUUCCAAACUCACUCACUUGUUCAAAAAUUAUUUCGACGGCGAGGGGCAAGUCAGAAUGAUCGUUUGUGUAAACCCAAGGGCAGACGAUUAUGAUGAAACGAUUCAAGUUAUGAAAUUUGCGGAAAUGACUCAAGAAGUGCAAACCAUGAGGCCUACUGCUCCAAAAUUGGAACUUGGUUUUACUCCUGGAAGGAGGCAAGCGAAUAAGAUAUUUAAGGAAGCAAAAAGUAGAUUGGAGAAAGAAGGUCGAGCAGAAGCUGCUGACCUAGACGUUGAUCUAGGUUUAGUAUAUAGUUUAGGUGGACCAUUUCCUGAAUUGGAAACUAUUAAUCCAGAUAAUGAUCAAAUAAUACUCUCUUUGAUACGAUUUCUGGAGCAACGUAUUAAUAAGCGUAAUAUACUUCGUGCAGAUUUAACAAGAAAACAAAACGAAUUUAGAAAAAUGUUAGUGACAGUAGAACAAGAGAAUAUGAACUUAAAGGUCGAAGCCGCCGCACUGAAAGCUGCAAAUUCACAGCAGAAAAGAAAGAUAGCUGCGUUAGAAGGACAUCUUUGUAAGACAGAAACGCAAAUCGACACUUUAUUGUGUAAAUUAAACAGUGCUAAUGAUACCAUACGAAGUUUACAGCAAGAGGUAAAAGAACGUGACUUGGCAUUGAAUCAACGUUUGAUAGAUAAGCAAAGAGUGAAACUGAAAUAUAACACUAAAAUACAAGCUGAAACAGAUAAAAUGAACAAAGAAUUAGAAAUGAAACUGCGUCAACAGCGUGAACGUCUUCAAAAUCAAAUGAAAGAGAAGGAAGAUAAAUUACGAUUGGUGAAGCAAAUCUUAGUGAACGACGAUGAUAUCGAUCCUGCAAUGAUAAUCAUACAAAAGGAACAAAUCCCAGAAUCGACAAUGAAAGUCUUUUCUGAUACAGAGACUCGAACGUCACGAAAGGACAACAUACCCGUUUCAAAUCCGCGCUACAGACGAUCACGAAGUGCAGAUAGGUGGAUUGAUCAUCGACCUAGAGCCCUUGUGCCGCUCGGUACUGUGUUACAACCAUUGAUGCAAAGAAGACGAAGCGUAACGCGACUUACUUCACCGAAAGAAAUUACAGACGGUGCAUCCAGAUAUUGUCUUGUCGCACAAGAGCAAGAUACAGACGGAGAACUUGAAACAAAAUUAUAUAAGGGUGAUAUAUUGCCAACAAGCGGUGGUGGAGCACAAGUAGUAUUCAACGAUAUGGAAUGUUUAAAACAAACAUCGCCAAAGGCAAGGAAACGAAGUGGACCUCGAGAAGAGGUAAAUCAAGUAGUUGUUCCUAUGGAAAUUAACCCGAAAAAACCGCGCAUAACACCUUUAGUAUAAAACCUGUAAUAACUUACGUGUAAAGAAAUAAAAUAUUUCAUACGAUUUAUAUUGCACUUUUUGUAAAAGGUGUGAGGCUUAUAGUAUUUUAAUACAUAUUUUUAUCCAUAAUGUUCUCGGAUCAUUUUUAAUAUCGAAAAUGCAUAUCGUGUUUAUUGCGAUAAUUUUGAUACGUUUUUGUACAUGAUAUAUGUUUGUGUGUAUGUAUAUAUACGUAAGAGUUAAAAUAAAUGGAAUUUUUAUGUG